AUGGUUACUCACAUCUGCCAGCUUCUCCAUGAUGACCUGUGGCCACAAGGACUUGGAAGCAAUCCCAUGUCGGUGACAUUAAAGGUCACUGCCAACUUAAACUUCUUUGUCAGUGGUUCUUUCCAUGGCUCCACUGAGGAUCUGUGCAGCAUCUCCCAGUUAACGACACAUAAGUGCACCCAGGAGCUGACAGAUGUCCUGUUCAGGAGAGCACAGCAAUUUAUCCAAUUCCGACUAGAUCCUGAAAGCCAAGCUGCAAGAGAGUUGGGUUUUGCAGCAAUCUCAGGCUUCCUGGAAGUGCAAGUGACUGCACACGUGGCCUUGAGAGCUUCCUGGCAACAGCCAGUCACAUUCAUGUUCCACUCUUGGAGGAUGCAGCUAAUUUGUGAUUACAGAAGGCAAAUCCUGCAUGUUUGUGCUUGGUUCCCAGGGAGCUCUCACAAUGCCUACAUUCUGACCAACUCCCAGGUGCCACAUGUCUUUGGAAGAUUGCAGAGCUGGCUGCUUGGGGGCAAGGGACACCCCCAGAAGACCUGGCUGAUGACGCCAGUUCACCAUCUGCAGUGUGCUGCUGACGAGAGCUACAAUGCUGCACAUGCCUCCACCAGACCCAUGAUUGAACAGAUGAUAAGCCUCCUAAGGAUGAUGUUCAGGUGUUUGGAUCACUCAGGCACAGUCCUCCAAUACUCACUGUAG